AUGAGUGUGAGUUUACUACACAGUCCCCCUGAGGGUACGCCUCCUAGAUCACCCAAACCCCCGCUUCUAUCCCCCGGGGGUACGCCUCCUAGAUCACCCAAACCCCCGCUUCUAUCCCCCGGGGGUACGCCUCCUAGAUCACCCAAACCCCCGCUUCUAUCCCCCGGGGGUACGCCCCCCGCUUCUAUCCCCCGGGGAUCACCCGGUACGCCCGCUGAUCACCCGGGGACCCCCGCUUCUAUCCCCCGGGGGUACGCCCCCCGCUUCUGUCCCCCGGGGGUACGCCACCUAGAUCACCCAACCCCCCAGCUUCUAUCCCCCGGGGUACGUCUCCAAAGUCGCCCAAAACCCCUACUUCUAUUCCCCUGGGGUACGCCACCUAGAUCACCCAAAGCCGCUGCUUCUAUCCCCCGGGGGUACGCCUCUGUGCACCCCCACCCGCUUCAUCCCCGGGGUACGACCUUGUCCCCAAACCCUCUGCUUUUAUCCCCUGGGGAUACGCCCCUAGUCUCUAAACCCCGUUAUUCCCCUGGGGUACACCUUUUAGGUCGCCCAAAGCCCUUGCAUUAUGCCCCCCCUGGGUACGCCUCCUAG